GACUCGGGCUUUUGGAGUCUGCCUCCGAGCGCGUGUGUGUUUGUGUGUGUGUGUGUAUGUUGGAAGGAGAAAAGAGAUAAAGAGAGAGAGAGAAAGGGAGGGAGAGGCAAGCGGCGUUUAUUCUCCCCCCUUUAGCCUCCCCGUCUCCCUGCUCCCUGUCACUCCAUCCUUCCUCCCCUCUCCUGGACCACCCUCCAGCCCCGCUUCGAGCCGGACCGAGACCCCCUACCACCCAGACCACCCCGGGACCCUUUGACUCUCCUCACUUCUCCGUCCCACCAGCCACAACCUCUGAGCAGGGAUUCCACUCGGGUCCUCUCCUCUCUCGGAGUGCUGUCUGUGAACAUCUCAACCGCACAAUAUCCACUUAACCCAGCUGCCACGCUUAAUUUGAUCUAAAUAAGCUUCUGCUGACCAGGCGCAGCAAAGUCCAUCAGCCAGACGUCCAGUCACCUCAUUCUGCUGAAAGGCUGAUAGCCACAGGUCACAUGACCUGGAAGAAAAAGCCUUGGAGACUUUUGGGAUCCCUCUUUGCAUGGACUGGUUAUCAACCUGAAGGGAAAUCCAAAGGCUGAUGAACUGAUCCGUGUCUGUGUGAGACCACAUUGCUCUGGUGUCCUAUAUGCACUGCGAACACACCACGCAGGGCAACUCUGGUGACUGGCUGGCUGGAAUACCACCGCACUCCUUCUCCUUCUGAGGACAUCCUACUGCUGGACCACCAGUUUUUCCUCCCCCAGCAUGGAGCCAACAAAAGUCCAGUCAGAGGGUGGCCUCAAUGUCACCCUGACCAUCCGCCUCCUCAUGCAUGGAAAAGAGGUUGGAAGUAUAAUUGGAAAGAAAGGAGAAACAGUAAAAAAGAUGCGAGAAGAGAGUGGAGCGCGAAUCAAUAUUUCUGAGGGCAACUGUCCAGAGAGGAUUGUUACCAUCACCGGACCAACGGACACCAUCUUCAAGGCUUUUGCUAUGAUUGCCUACAAAUUUGAAGAGGACAUAAUCAAUUCCAUGAGCAACAGUCCAGCAACCAGCAAGCCUCCUGUCACCUUAAGGCUUGUUGUGCCAGCCAGCCAGUGUGGCUCCCUCAUAGGGAAAGGAGGCUCCAAAAUCAAAGAAAUGAGAGAGUCCACAGGGGCCCAGGUCCAGGUAGCAGGCGACAUGCUGCCCAACUCCACAGAACGUGCAGUGACAAUCUCUGGGACCCCAGAAGCCAUCAUCCAGUGUGUCAGACAGAUCUGUGUGGUUAUGCUGGAGUCCCCACCAAAAGGUGCCACUAUCCCUUACCGCCCAAAGCCCACCUCCACCCCUGUCAUUUUUUCUGGUGGCCAGGCCUACACAAUUCAGGGACAGUACGCCAUACCACACCCAGAUUUGACCAAGCUCCACCAGUUGGCUAUGCAGCAAACCCCCUUUACCCCUCUCGGACAGACCACCCCUGCUUUCCCUGGUUUGGAUGCCAGUCCACCAGCCAGCACCCAUGAACUCACCAUUCCUAAUGAUUUAAUAGGGUGCAUUAUUGGACGCCAGGGCACCAAAAUAAAUGAGAUUCGACAGAUGUCUGGGGCGCAGAUCAAAAUUGCAAAUGCCAUGGAGGGCUCAUCAGAGCGUCAGAUUACCAUCACAGGGACCCCCGCUAACAUCAGCCUGGCCCAGUAUCUCAUCAAUGCCAGGCUGACGUCUGAAGUCACUGGAAUGGGCACACUCUAGUUUCAACCCAUCUUUCCUCAGUGCAUCACAUGACCCUUGAGCGAAUGAAUGGCAUUGUACCUAAUUUAUUGGUUUCUCUGUGUUUGGUAUUUUUUAAGUGACUUUAACUUUGAUUAUUUAUAGUAUAUAGUGUAAACAUGUGUAUCUGCACUGUUGCUAGGACUCCUCACACCUCGUUUUACGUUUUUGAAAGGUUUUACUCCACUCUAGCAUCUUCCAUGCCAUCUCAUGCACUACAUCACUGUGUCGUACCUCGCGUUUUAUAAGACAUCACCAUACUCGUUCUUUUGUAAUGCAGGCACCUGAAAGUAAACACAAAGUAAACCUAAGUAUUGGUUUAACAAUUUACACUGAGGUUGUCCCUCCUCCAGCCCCACAUCCUUUUACACUGACCCAUUUUUUAGACUGCUAGCUGGGACAAUACAUUAAUCAACACAAAAGUUCAGCAGCUAUAUCAUUUACUUUAUUCCAAAUCAUUUCACACUGAUUUCAUGAUUGAUGAAAUUAGUGCUCUACUUUGUGCCUGUAGACAUUUGCCUGUUCGUCCUAGCAUUGUAUGUACACUAUAGAAUGAUCUGCAUGACGCACAAACCAGACUACAUUUCAUAUUCAUUUUAAAAUCAAACAGGUGGAACCAAACGGAAAUGGAAGAGUGAAAGGGAUGGGUGUAUCACUCUGACUCCAGUCUGAAAUGACCGAGGGUGUGAGCCAGAAAAAACAAAAAAAAAAAAAAAAAAAGGAAACCGUGCUAAUGCAUAAAUAUUAGCCUUUCUGAGUUUCUCGUGACACCUGACAGAAAGCUGGGAUAGAAAAAUGAAAAUAUAUCAAGGAAAUGACUGGAGCAACAAGUGAAAUUCAAAUGCAUGCGAUGAAUAAAGCCCUUUUUAUUCACCUAUACUCCACCACCAUAUUUACAUUAUUCAUGUCGUCAUGUCAUAGCUACUGUGUACAAGCAGCAUGGGCCAUAUGGAGCGAUUUCAGAAUUGUCUAGUGUAUAUUUGCGCUCACAUGUAGCUCACGUAACGAUUUCAUUGUAAAUCACAAGAGCUGAAAAGCUCAUGGGUAGUGUCCUUGAAGACACUUGUUACAAAGUGGUAGGAAGCAAGCCAUUUUAGAAACAGAAAGUGUAGAGUAUUACUGGUAAGCAUGCAUGAAACGUUGGGAUAUUGAAAACACUGAAAGCAUAUUUUUCAAUUUAAGUAUUUACACAUGAUUCAGUUGAUAGCUGUGCUU